CGACGUGAAGGCCGGGUCCGCGGGUCCCAGGCGGGGGAGGGGCGACUCUGCUGUGCUUUCCUGACUGCUUUGUAGGCGUGUCAGAGGCCGGGCGUGCGGCUGCAGGCGUCCAGAGCGCCUCCUGAAGCUCUGUGAAGAAGGUGGUCGUUGGUGCUGCGGGCCCCGCGGCGUAGGGGCCUGUUCUCAGCACUGUGACAUCAAUUCACGCAUCUUUGGGCUGAGAGGAUUAACGUUCCUAGUGGGACCCCUCCAACAUUCCUAGAGAAAUGAUAGGGUGCGGACCGAGGCUCUUUGUGCUGCAAUUGUGUUUGUGGACGUCUUAGUGUCUCUUCAGCACACGGUCACUUACUGCAUUGUGUAACCUGACUAGCAUCCUGCUCUAGGUUUACAGAAAAAUUUCACCAGCUUGCAAGGGAGAUUGGAAUGCUGGGUAAUAAACCGCUUUUCUUUAGAAAAAUGUAGGUGUGCUAAAGUUUGGAAGAACAGUGUGGGCUGGCUCCCUCGUUAGGGCUUCACAAUAGAGGCACAGUGUCUCCAGGAGCCUACAGGAUCAAUAACUGCUUGGUCCAGGCCAAGCUAGGGUCUAGCUGGUUGUUCAGAUGGAAGAACAUAAGGGUAACUGCUGGGUGCCCCUGGAGAGUUUGGCCUAACUUCCAAAGGAAGACGUAAGCUGGGCUGAGAAGAUAGGCAAGGACUUGGGCAAGGUUUCUUAAAGGAGAGGUCUUGAAGGCGUGCUGUGGAGCAAUACACUGUGGCCCCGAAAAGACCACCUUUGGUGCUCUCUGUACACCCAUUCUCCCCUCCUUUCCUGGGUGUGACUUUCCUGCAAUGUAAACUAUCAACAGAUUUGACAUCUGACCGUGAUCCCUUUGUUCUGUUAUCUCUCACAGUUCGGGAAGGAUUGGCCAAUAUGUUUCUUAAAAAGUAUUUGUGCUUUUUACGAAAGAUGCAAAAAAUCGGUGUCCCACAGGUUAGUGACUUGCUCAGGAUCAUCAGAUGUAUAGCUGUCAGGUGCAUCUUGACUGGGCUAAUGUUAUCUAUUUUGCACAUUUAAGAGCUUUAUUUCCUUAAUUUUGAGGUAAUUUGGGUGAGAUGAGGUCAGUUUAGCAGGAACAUUCAGAUUUGACCAGUUUUUGUUUUGUUUUGUUUUGUUUUUUGAGAGUGGGUUUUGCAGUGUAGUGCACUCUGUAGCCCAUGCUAGCAGUGAACUCACAGCAAUCCUCCUGCCUCAGCUUCCCAGCUAAUAUGUGAAGUAUUUUGAGGAGGAUAAUCUAGGUCCACGCCUGCCUGUUCUUUCUCGACUUAUAUUUGACUUCUCUCAACUAUGCCUCCAGAGUCCUCUGUGUGGUUCAAAGAGCAGCAAAAAAUGAAUAAAUCUCCGGUGCUGGUGUCCUUUGAGGAUGUGGUUGUGGACUUUACCUGUGAGGAGUGGCAGGACCUGGACGAUGCUCAGAGGACCCUGUACAGGGACGUGAUGCUAGAGACCUACCGCAGCCUGGUGCUUCUGGGCCAUUGCAUCACUAAACCUGCAGUGAUCUUUAAACUAGAACAAGGAGCAGAGCCAUGGAUGGGAGAAGAACCCCCAGAUUUGAGCCCCUCAGAUGUCCAAAGAGUGGAUGACAUAAUUGAGACCAGCCACCAAAGUGGAGAUAGACAUAUGUGGCAAGUUGUAAUCACCAACAAGAAUACGUCAACUGAAAAUCAAGUUGAAUUAGGAAAUACUUUUGAUUUCAACUCUAGCCAUGUUUCAGAUUUGAUUAUAAAUAAUGGAAACUAUUCAGUAUUGAAACCUGAAGAAAUUGUUUGUCAGAACAUACAUCUUCCCAGUGAGCCUGGUGAGAUGGUUGCUGGAGAGAAAACUCAUUUGUGUAAUAUAACUGGAAAGUACCUGAGACAUGCUGAGCAUUUGGGUCAGCAUUCCAAGAUUCCAACUGGGCUGCCAGAUUUUCAGUAUAGCGGACAAUGGAAAGCCUUCAGCAAGGAGGCAAAAUUGCUGAAGGACUGUAUUACAUAUAACAGGGUUCCUAUGGGACAGGCCUGCUGGGAGCAUAAUGAAUCUAGGAAAACCUGUGAGAAGUCAGCUCUCAAUGCUAAGGUAGGGAGGAAAACUCAUAAAAACUGUGAUCUCACCACACGUCAGACACACACGGGGGAGAAAUCCUGUGAAUGUAGUGAAUGUGAGAAAACCUUCAUUACUAAAUUAGACCUUAUAAUACAUCAGAAGAAACAUUCAGGGAAAAAACCCUAUGCAUGUAACCAGUGUGAGAAAUCCUUCAGCUACAAGUCAGACCUUAUCGUCCAUGAGAGAAUGCAUACAGGGGAAAAGCCAUAUGCAUGCAAUAAGUGUGGAAAAACCUUCAGCCGGAAGUCAACUCUCACAAUCCAUGAGGUAAUUCACACUGGCAGGAAGCCCUAUGAAUGUCAUGAGUGUGGAAAGACAUUUCACCAGAAGUCAAACCUUACCAGUCACCUGAGGACUCAUACAGGAGAGAAGCCCUACGAAUGUAACGAAUGUGGAAAAGCAUUUGGCCAGAAGUCAAAUCUCAGAACACAUCAGUGUAUUCACACAGGGGAGAAACCAUAUGAAUGUAAACAGUGUAGGAGAAGUUUCUACCAUAAACCAGCACUCACUAUACAUGAGCGAACUCACACUGGCGAGAAGCCCUAUGAAUGUAAUGAAUGCGGUAAAACCUUUUGCCAGAAGUCCUACAUCAGGAAGCAUCAGAGAACUCACACUGGAGAGAAACCCUAUGAGUGCAGUGAUUGUGGAAAAACUUUUGGCCAGAAAUCAUAUCUCAGUAAACAUGUGAUAAUCCAUACUGGGAAAAAACCCUAUGAAUGUGGCCAGUGUGGAAUAACCUUUUCCCAGAAGUCAAACCUUAGUCGGCACCUGAGAACUCACACAGGAGAGAAACCUUUUGAGUGUAAUGAAUGUGGAAAAACCUUUGGCCAGAAGUCAAGCCUCAUUGUCCAUCAGGGUUCUCACAAAGGGCAGAAACUAUAUGAACGACAACAAUAUCGGAGAAGUUUCUUCCAUUAGGGCCCACUGUACACUAGAACAACCACACAGGAUAGAAACUAUAUGAAUGUAAUCAAGGUGAGGAGAACUUUGAGCAGAAGUUAAAGCUCAUUAAGCUUAAGGUAACCACACCUGGGAGAAGCCCUAUGAAUGUGUUUCAAGAGGACAAAUCUUUUACAGAUGUCAUAGCAGGCAUUAAAAAGCUUACAAGGGAGACAACUAUGAACAUGGAAUUGUUUCCUCAGAAAUCACGCAUCAGUGCAUAAUGGAAAAAUUUUCACUGCAGAGACUGGUCAUGUCUCCUAAAACCGUUUCUUUCUCUCUCUAAUGCAGUCUUCAUUUCUGGCUUUAAUUUAUUUUGGCCGUCACUGGUCAACAAAGUUAUUCUUGGACAAUAUAGACAGUGAUGAGUGGCAUGUCAUCAUAAAAGGCAGUGACUAUGCAUUUCUCCGAUUCCUCAUGUCUUGAGAACUGCAGUGUGGGUAAUUCUCAGGAUGACCUUGGGAGAUAAAUACGAAAAGAUCACUGGGUUAAGACAAUUGAAGAGAACAAAGAUCUUCCCAGCUGUAUCUCUGUACCCCUCAUUUUUUUCUGAAAGGGAGAAGUAAAUCUGUACUCUGCUGUUCCAUUUUUUAUGUGAUCUGUGUCACUGGUAAGCCAGUUCUUUUAUGAGAAAAUGUAUACAGCGCAAAACUUGGUGGUGUCAUUUUUAGACCCCAAGUCAGUUUUUGGAAGAAUUUUUUUUUUGUCUUUUUUUGAGACAGGGUCUCACUGUGCAGUUCAGGCUGGCCUUGAGCUCACUUUGUAGCCUAGGCUGGUCUCGAACUCACAACAAUCCUCUUGCCUCAGCCUCCCAAUUGCUGGGAUUACAGGCAUGAGCCACCACGCCUGGCUUCAGUUUUGGAAGAAUUUUUUAAAAUGUGGAGAUAUUAAAAAAUGGAACAAAUUUGGGAAUGCCUUUAUCAUGCAGUGACAUCACUGGAAAGUGAGAAUAAAAUAAAUUUAUAUCCUUAA